UUUAGAUCGCUGUGACACACCAUAGCAGCUCUUGCCAGAAAGUGAGAUCUGGCACAUGGCCGAUAGGAGAUCUCCAAGGAGUGUUCUUGUCUAUGGGCUUUCUGGCAUGGGAAAGAGCCAAAUAUGCUUGAAAGCAAUCUCUGAACAGCAACAUAGAUUUCGAAGUGUUUUCUACGUUAAUGCAAGCGACAAGACUAUAGCAGACAGCAAUUACGUUGAAAUUUUUCGCAUCUGCCAUAUCCAACAUCACUGGGAGGACAUUUCAGUGGAUGAGCAAAUACGUAUCACAAGAACGUGGCUUGCUUGUCAAUACGAACCAUGGCUACUGAUGAUAGACAACGUAACUGAGCUAUCGCUACCUUUGAGUCGAUACGUGCCGUCAACGGGCAGCGGCACGAUUCUCGUCACAUCUGAUGAGUCCCAAUGGGCGACAGACUGUCACACAUACUGCCAGAUUCGCAGUAUGAGCGACGAUCAAGCCUUUGAACUUCUCUUGAAGUUUAAGAAGCCAGAAGUAGAGCCGGAUGUUCAUGAAAUUCAGUCAGCCAAGAUCAUUGCAAUCAAGGAACUUGGAGGCUUGCCCCUAGCUAUAGCUCAGGCUGGCUCUUACAUAUCCAACAAUCAUUGCACGUAUUCCGAAUAGCUCGAAGAACUUCAAGUAGUUCCUCAGGAAUUACUCAACAAGGAACUCUCGCGCCCUCUCUACCAACAAGACCAACAUCAACAAACAAUUUGGUCCACCUUAACGCUGUCAAUUCGGCGAAUACAGGAAUUGCGGGAGAGAGGAUCUGCUGUAGCCAUCGAAUUACUGAGAAUCAUGAGCUUCUUACAUAACGACGGCAUUGAUGAUCGCAUGUUUCAAGAAGCCUGGAAAAACUUGCAAGAAUCUCCGCUCAUAUCAAGACCCUUGAAGCUUCUGGAUCCAUCAAAGGACCGUUGGGACACGCUCG